AAACCAGACCCUGACGUUAAACAAACAAUCGCACACACGCACACAGCCCCGCUAUAAAGCACAGAGACACCCGGCAUAGUGAUGGAGUCAUGACGGAGGGCGGCGGGGCAUUAGAGCGCCUGAGGAGGUGUUGCUUUCCUUGCCGUACCCCACUCUGUCAGUUCUGGCCUCCAUCGUGCUGCACUGUGAACAAAGAAAUGACUGCAUUCAAAGGCAUCUGGACUCAGGAGUUCUGGCGCUGUGUGGGGGCUGAGUUCUUUGCCAUGGUGCUUUUCGUCUUGCUCAGCCUGGGAUCAACCAUCAACUGGGGGGCUGUUGAGGAGGUUCCCCAUCCCCCAAACUUGUUGCUCAUCUCACUUUGCUUUGGCCUGAGUAUUACCACCAUGGUGCAGUGCUUCGGCCACAUCAGUGGUGCUCAUAUUAACCCAGCAGUCACAGCAGCGAUGGUGGUGACCAAGAAGCUCAGUUUGGCAAAGGCUGUGUUCUACCUGCUGUCCCAGUGUGUUGGAGCCAUUGUAGGGGCUGCCAUUCUAUUUGGCAUAACCCCAGCCUCUGUUAGGGGCGGUAUGGGGGUAACCACGGUAAACAAGAGCAUCUCUGUUGGGAACGCCCUGGUGGUGGAAAUGUUCAUCACCUUUCAGCUCGUCUUCACUGUGUUUGCUACCUGUGACCACAAACGGAAUGACCUGAAGGGCUCAUCUGCUUUGGCAAUUGGCCUGUCUGUGUGCAUUGGUCACCUGUUUGCUAUUCCCUACACUGGAGCCAGUAUGAACCCUGCCCGGUCAUUUGGCCCAGCCAUGGUCACAUGGAGCUGGGAUAAUCACUGGGUGUACUGGGUGGGUCCAGCUCUGGGUGGAGCCCUGGCUGCAGCCCUGUAUGAAUACUUGUUCUGUCCGGACCCAGAACUGAGGAAACGCUACUCUGACACCUUCAUCAAAACACCCUUUGCUGGCACUAAACACCGGCAGGACUCGGUCACAGCCCAGGAGCCUCUCUUCACUGUCAUGGAUGUGGAGAGAGCUGAGAGGAAGGAAAGAGAGAGGGAGGUAUCAGGGGAAGUGUUGUCCUCUGUAUGACUAGAAAGGACACCUGGCACUGAUGCCAAAAUGGCUAAUCAACAAUACAUUCUAAAGGAGACCGACCUCCUCUAGACUGACACAGGAAAAACUAACAGAUAACAGAAGAAAUAAGGAAUGAAACCAUAUUUUAGAACACAAAGGAACUAAGGAGAAUAUUUUCUGAUAUGAGCCCUUCUUUUGUUACCAAAUAGUGUGGUUGUGUUUGUCCCUAACACCUGCACAGUGACUUCUUAAUUCUGCAAGUUAUGUAGGAGAGAAAUAUACAAUGUUUGUAUUAAUCCAGUGCCUUUUUAGGGUAUUCUUGUCUAAAGAAGAUAACUGAAGUACUGUUUAUAGAAUUGCUGCAGUGCUGAGAGUAGCCUGUGUUUAUCAAUGACCAUGGGACCUUUCUUUCUUUUUCUUGCAUUUAAAGUUAAAACCUCAGUGUUACGGCUGUAUGUUCUGUGUCCCUCCCCCCUCUGUCACCUUCUCUGCAAGAGUCUCCUGAUUGAGGCAACAAGGUUCACCUGGCGGUGGGCCUUAAAAGACCACAGCUGCCUGCAGUCAAGGGGAGGCGUUUGAGUUGGGGACUGCUGCCCAUCUGCCUCUCCUUCAUGGGAUUUGUGGGCUUUUGUUGUGUUUUGUCAUGUUGGACUAUUAUUGAUCUUUGUUGAAUUGUUUGUUAUUUUUUUUUUGUCAUUUUAUAUUAAAUCCCUUCUUGUUAAGUGUUAAAAGGUGUUUUGUGUUUAUAUGGAUUCAUGUUUUGGAUUAUUGUUAGCCCCGCAGGGCCGCCGUUAAAAAAGUUGAUGUAGCAGGAGUGUUUCAAGAGUUUUUAAAAAGUCCAUAUGUGAAGACUGAAAUUGUGAUUGUGAAGUAAUGCUUUUUCAAUCUGAGCUGUACAUGUUUCUGGCUGUGUGUAAUGUUUAAUGGCAAUAUUAGUUUACAACAGUAACUGUGAAAACAAACUGUUAUCACAUAUCACAAUUUCAACAUUAGGUUUGUCAAUUUUGUGUUUCAUUUCUUUUGAAGUACUGUUUUAUGAUUAUUUUUAGGGACACCUAGACUUUUUAAUUUGUUUUUGUCUUGCUUUCAUUGUUGUUAAGAGAAAUACCCUAAAACAUCCAUGUUUUAGAGAUGCCCCCUACAGAAGCAAAAAAAAAUAUGAAUGAAAUGAAAGGAGAAAAUUAUAAUAAGUCCUUCUGAGAGGUUUGACCAUAUUGUGUUUCUAUGUGUAAUUGAAUCCUCUCUUUAUAACAGGAUCUGUAGGACAGUUUACAUGACUUGUGUUUUAACAAUGCUAUUCAUAUAUAUCCCAACUCAAGUGUGCCAAAAAAAUGAUCUUUGGUUAUGGCAAGAGUUGUGUGGGACAAAUAUGAUCCAGUGUCUGUGAGCUGAGUUGAUUUGGGCUAUGGUAAGUAAUGUUUUAAAGAAAGUACUAAGAUAUGUAAAUCAAAAUGCUUUGUAGUGCAUUUUGAUCCUUAGAAACCCAAUGAA